UCUUUAUUCAAUUUGCAAUCGAUUGCUUUCGCUGCUUCUCCGUUCCUUUUACUACCAUCACAUAUUCUUUGAUUUUUAAGAUUUGUAUCAUUGACUUGAAGAAACUUCUGUCAUAUUUGUACUACACCAUGUCAACUACUGAAGCCACAAGAAGAACAUCUUCACGUAUUGCAAAUCGUGCUGCUCCACCUGCUCCUUCUACUUCCAAAGCAGCAGGAUCAAGUAGCAAAAAACGAACAGCGCCCGUUGCAAAAACAAAUACCGACAAAGAACCAACAACAACAAAGACGAAAAAGGUCAAAGCUGAAUCAUCAUCUGAUGAUGCUGAUGCUGCUGCUGACACAACUUCAAAUGGAGGUGUUUUGAGUGUUGGUGAUGCAUUACCGAGCAUUUCACUCAAAAAUGAAACUGGAACGGAGGUAGAUGUGAGCACAUUGAAGAAAACUGUCAUCUUUACCUAUCCAAAAGCAAAUACCGGAGGCUGUACGGCCCAAGCAUGUCUAUUCCGUGACGAAUAUGCUGAAUGGACGAAAUUAGGAUUCCAAGUGUUUGGAUUAUCGAAUGACGGUUUGACUUCAUUGAAAAAUUGGAAAGACAAAAAAGGUUUUCAAUAUCAUCUCUUAUCAGAUCCAAAAAGAGAUUUGAUCGGUGCUUUGACGGGUUCUAAAACUCAAACACGUAGAAGCCAUUUCGUCAUUGAUGGUGAAGGCAAAUUGGCCCUCAGCAGCCUUAGUGUAAAGCCAGCAGAGAGCUCUCCUGCUGCACUGAAGUUCGCAAAAAGCUUGUAAGAAUAUGAAUCUAUCAAUUUCUCUCUGAUAAGCGUAAUAUGUACAUGAGCUGAGAGCUAGAGCA